AUGUUACGGAACGCAUCCAAGGGGACUAUCCGGAAAGCAGUCACAGAGCUCGCCCAAUACCCAAAACCAGGGGAGAAACUCCAUGGCUUCACUCUCGUGCGCUCGAAACAUGUCCCGGAGCUCGAAUUGACAGCUUUACAUCUGCAACAUGACAAGACCGGCGCAGACUAUUUGCAUGUAGCCAGAGAAGACAAGAAUAAUGUCUUCUCUAUCGGUUUCAAGACGAAUCCGCCGGAUGAUACAGGAGUACCGCAUAUACUCGAGCAUACAACACUAUGUGGGAGCGAAAAAUAUCCCAUUCGUGACCCAUUCUUCAAGAUGUUACCGCGAACUCUCUCCAAUUUCAUGAACGCCUUCACUGCCUCGGACCAUACUUUCUACCCUUUCGCCACCACCAACGAACAAGAUUUCAAGAAUUUGAUGUCCGUAUAUCUCGAUGCCACAUUACACCCCCUUUUGAAGGAGAGUGAUUUCACACAGGAGGGAUGGAGGAUUGGUCCUGAAAACCCCAAGGCUGCUGUAGAAGGAGACGCCGCAAAGCCAGAAGACAGUAAAUUGGUAUUCAAGGGCGUGGUAUACAAUGAGAUGAAAGGGCAAAUGUCGGAUGCUGGAUACCUCUAUUACAUCAAGUUCCAGGACCACAUAUUUCCAGCAAUCAACAAUUCAGGAGGAGACCCUCAAAAAAUGACGGAUUUAACAUACAAGCAGCUAAAGAAGUUCCAUGCUGAGCACUACCAUCCGAGCAACGCCAAAGUUUUUACAUAUGGAGAUAUGCCAUUGGCCGAACAUUUAGAAGAAGUCAAUGCUCAAUUAAGUGCUUUCAACCGUAUCCAAGGAGACUUCGAAAUUCACCGCCCUAUAGACCUUAGUGGCGGACCACAGAACGUUACAGUGGCGGGUCCAAUAGAUCCGUUGGUGGGCAAGGAUAUGCAGUACAAAACAUCGACGUCUUGGCUGAUGGGGGAUACCACGAAUGUUCUUGAAAACUUCUCCGUGGGCUUAUUGUCUACCCUGUUGAUGAACGGAUACGGGUCGCCAUUAUAUCAAAAUCUGAUUGAAGCUGGUCUGGGAACCGAAUGGAGCCCUAACAGUGGAUAUGAUGGUUCAGGAAGAAUAGCAAUUUUCUCAGUGGGACUCACUGGUGUCAAAGAGGCCGAUGUUCCCAAAGUAAAAGAAGCUAUUAGCAAGACUUUCCAAGAAGCUCACAAGAAUGGAUUUAACAAAUCGAAAAUUGAUGGAUAUAUGCAUCAACUGGAGCUUGGCUUGAAGCACAAGACAGCUAAAUUCGGCAUGAAUCUAAUGCAAAGAAUUAAGCCUCACUGGUUUGAAGGGGUAGACCCAUUUGAGUCUUUGGCCUGGAAUGAUACCGUCUCGGCGUUUGAGGCAAAAAUGGCUGAAGGAGGUUACUUGGAAGGACUGCUAGAGAAAUAUUUGUUGAACGACAAUACCCUCACAUUUACGAUGACCCCAUCAACAACCUACGCCGAUGAACUAGUCCAAGAAGAAGCUACUAGGCUUGCGUCAAAGAUCUCUGAAGUUACGAAGCAAGCAGGAGGCGAAGCAGAAGCCCGUGCACAGCUGGAGAAACGUGAAUUGGAGCUCCUUGAAGAGCAAGGCAAAUCCAAUACCCAAGAUCUCAGCUGCCUGCCGACCGUCUAUGUCAAGGACAUCCCUCGGCGAAAUGUAAUACACGAAGUGAGGGAUUCAAAGCUUGGAGACGUGAGCGUUCAGUGGAGAGAAGCGCCGACAAAUGGGCUCACCUAUUUCCGAGCAAUCAACACCUUUGAGAACCUGCCAGAAGAGCUCAGAGCUUACCUGCCACUGUUCUCGGAUUCUAUAAUGCGCUUGGGGACAAGAGACAUGUCAAUGGAACAGCUUGAAGACCUUAUUAAACUGAAGACAGGGGGGGUGAAUACAGGAUAUUAUGCCUCUCCAUCUCCACAUGAUUUCAAAUCAUGUACAGAAGGAAUAAGUUUCUCGGGAACAGCUCUGGAUCGCAAUGUGCCAUUCAUGUAUGACUUAAUCCGAAAGUUGACCCUCGAAACAGAUUUCACGGAUCCCUUGGCAGGGGCUCGAAUCAGACAGCUCUUGCAAGGUUCUGCUGAUGGUGCCGUGAACAGCAUUGCAUCUUCCGGACAUGGCUAUGCUCGAGGCUACGCCGAAGCAGGCCUCACAAACUACGGCCGAAUACGAGAACAAAUCAGCGGUCUAUCCCAAGUCCAACUCAUCACCCAGCUCUCGUCAUUCACGGAAAUGGCAGAGCUAGAAGAUGUGAUCGAUAAGCUCGAACGCAUCCAAGAAUUCGCCCUCUCAUCCUCCAGCACUUUCCGCGCAGCGAUAACCUGCGGCGCCGAAAGUGUCGCCACCAACGAAUCAGAACUCCAAAACUUCCUCUCCUCCAUCCCCUCGAACAGGAAUCCAGGAUUCAAGGUCCCGGUCCCAGAACUCUCUCGCAACUCGAAAACCUUCUUCCCCCUCCCUUACCAAGUCUAUUACGGCGCCCUCUCCCUCCCCACAGUCUCCUACACCUCACCAGCAGGCGCGCCCCUACAGAUUCUCGCCCAACUUUUAACGCACAAACACCUGCACCACGAGAUCCGCGAGAAAGGUGGAGCGUACGGUGGCGGUGCUUACGCGAAGGGGAUCCAAGGCAUUUUUGGCUUCUACUCGUACCGUGAUCCGAACCCGCAAAAUACGCUGAGCAUUAUGCAGAAUGCGGGACAAUGGGCUGUGGACAAGCAGUGGAGCGAGAGGGAUAUUGAAGAGGCGAAAUUAUCGGUAUUCCAAAGCUUGGAUGCACCAGAGAGUGUGUCCGAGGAGGGCAUGAGUAGGUUCUUGAGUGGUGUUGAUGAAGAGAUGGAGCAGAGGAGGAGGGAGGAACUGCUUGAUGUUACGGCGGACCAGGUGCGGAAUGUGGCGCAGGAGUAUGUGGUUGAGGGCUUGGAGAAGGGGAAUGAGAGGAUUGUGUUUUUGGGGGGAGAAGAAGGCGUGGGUUGA